AUGCGCCCGCACCGCAGCCAAGAGGGAGCGGACUCGAUGCCCGCCAGGGACCGGUGCCCGGGGCCAGAGGGAGGCGCGUCCCAGCCGCGACCCCCGGAGCAUGUUCCGCAGGCUCCCGGCGCGCACGACAGGAUGGAGCAGACAGCGGGGGGGCCGGCCUCCCCCCCCACGAGGACUCUGUGCCAAAGGCCCAGGGAGGGGGCGCUGUGGGGUGCCCUCGCCAUCCUGUCGCUGCUGAGUGGCGUGGCCACGGGAACCCCGCACACCUGGCACCGCAACACGACCCUGGGGGCUGCACCCACUGCGGGCGGCGUGGGCACCGCCAGCCCCGGAGCAGAGGACAGCCUGGAGGCACCGCUCGCCGCAGCCUGGAGCCACCUCUCCGGGGACAAUGUGACGGCAGCGGGGCCCGAGGAGGGGGAGCUGGCCAAGGACCUGCUGCUCCGGGCUGAGCGCUCGCCCCUGGCCUCCGCCAAAGGCAAGAAACUAGGCCGGCGCAGGGACGGCCCCAACUGCACCGUCCGCAGGCUGAUGGUGAAGGUGCGCGACCUGGGGCUGGGCUUCGACUCGGACGAGAUCGUGCCCUUCAAGUACUGCAGCGGGUCCUGCCACCGCAGCCGAAGCAACUACGACCUGACACUGGCCACCCUGCUGCAGGAGAAGGCCAUCAAGCCGGGCCCGCCGGGCCACGUGGCCAGCCAUCCCUGCUGCCGGCCCACCCGCUACGAAGCCGUCUCCUUCAUGAACGUGCAAAACACCUGGCAGACGGUGGAGAAGCUCUCUGCGGCUGAGUGCAAGUGCAUCGGCUGA